AUGCAGGUAGUGGCAAGUCCAGCAGAUUUGGUGAAAGUGAGAAUGCAAGCAAAUGGUAGAUUGGUGAGCCAAGGCCUGAAACCGAGAUACUCAGGCCCGAUCGAAGCGUUCACCAAGAUCCUACAAUCAGAAGGAGUGAAAGGUCUAUGGAAAGGUGUGGUUCCAAACGUACAGAGAGCGUUUCUAGUGAACAUGGGAGAGCUGGCUUGCUACGACCACGCCAAGCACUUUGUCAUCGAGAGAAAGAUCUCCGGGGAUGACAUAUACGCGCACACCCUCGCGUCGAUCAUGUCGGGUCUUGCUUCCACGACGCUGAGCUGCCCGGCUGAUGUGGUGAAGACGAGGAUGAUGAGUCAGAACCAGGGGGAGAGAGCAGUGUACAGAAACUCUUACGAGUGUUUGGUGAAGACGGUGAGGAUUGAAGGAGUGAGAGCUUUGUGGAAAGGUUUUUUCCCGACUUGGGCUAGGCUUGGUCCAUGGCAGUUUGUGUUUUGGGUCUCUUAUGAGAAGUUUCGACACCUUGCUGGUCUCUCUUCCUUCUAG